CCGCGAGGGACGAUCAGUCUGUUCUCCACGUUCUCCACGCAAGGACGAUCUCGCCCGCCGGCAAUCCGUCCUCUAAUCUGUGACGCGAACUUUGACCGCGGCUCCCCUGCCGCCUUCGCUCGCGAUCUCUCCUUAUCGCCGUCGAUGACGAACGUCUGGUGAAGAGCUGUCCGAUCGGACCGCGCGGCCCCGAACCUCAGUAAACGAUUACGCGCACGCCGCGGUCGAUCCGUUCCCUGCUUCGUAGAUCGUUUCGUAGUUCACGCGGACUCGCGACACCCGUUCUUUGUUGCGCGUCCUCGACGAUCACAAGCGUAUCGUCCACUUUCGCGACGUAGCGAUCAAUUUUUUUGCCCGACCGAAGGACACGCCGGUCCGUUCGUUCUGGCAAGGGUUGCUCUCCCUCGGAGGAUAUCUCUCCCCGAAGUACGGAGAUGUGAUCGGUGGUUUCGCCGCGUCGAGAAAAGUUUUUCCCGCGUUUGCGUGUGGUGGUUCGGUUUUCUUGUCAGCGGAGGACCGAAGGUUCGACGCGGGUGAACGAAGAGGGUGAAAGAGAAGUGGCAAAUGCAUCGGUGUAGACGGUAGUACGAUUGGUCCCUUAUGGCCUAGCCGAGUACGCGGCAGGCGAUCGUUGGUCCGUUGGUACGAUCGACGUUAUCGAGAUGAGGCUGCUCGAGGUGAUUUCGAUCCUCUGUUUGGCGACCCGGUACACCGAUUGCCGGGCGGUAGACGGCGAUUUCAGGGUGAGGGACUUCGGCAGGCAUAGACGCAGGUUCACCGCGGAGGAGCUUCUCAAUAACAAGUUUCCGCACUCAAUCAGCGAUGAUCUAGACCUGGACGUUUGCAAGGCGGGUGGUUUUCUCGGCGACAUUGCCCUGCCGAAUAUCAAGUACGAGACAGAAUGGCGACAGCAAAAGCUCAACAAGAGUUACCUCGAGGAGCUGGAGAAGUACCGGGACGAAGUCUUGAAAGAGGGUCUCCAGGUCGAAGAGGAGGGUCUCACAGAGAUCCUUCAAUUUAAAAAUGAGCACGACGCUAACGAGGCACAUCAGGAGAACGAGGAGAUCGCUGCUUCUCAAGAGAAAUCCGAACCAAUUAUGGUGGACCGGAAUCAAUACAGCAUGGACGGCGAACUCGGGGGUGGAUUCAGUUUUAACGCUAGGAACGACGACGCCGGACCAGACGUCAGGGACGAGGGCGUUGAAUUCAGAUUGGAGUCAACGACUCCACCGACGAAGAAGAGACAUUCUGGCCGGAAGCAAAGUCGUCAAUCCUCCCGUACAAAUGUAAACGCAACAAAAUUGUCGAAAACAUCCCACGAGUCGAAUACGUCUCCCACCUCCACCGAAAACACCAAUCAAAUGAAAGGUGGGAACAUGAAGAGCUUUGAGGAAGUGUUCACAGUUCAACCGGAAAGCAGCACGGAAAACAUAUCGAAACGACGUCAUCGUCGUCAUCAUCGUAGAAGGACGACAAGAAGAAGGCAUCGUCGUCGCAAGGUACCUCUGAUCAGACGCGAUACGGACGACACGUCCGACGAGGUGGUGUCGUUGCACGAUCGUCAGCUCCGUUCGAUCGAAUUUUACGACAUGGAGCACAAACCGAAGUAUCUGGCGAAUAAACGCGGCACCACCAGGCACGGAUUUCCAAGCAGGACGAGAAGGGCCGCGACAGCCCGCAAGGAACGCGUAUGGGAUCACGGCGUGAUACCGUACGAGAUCGACGGGAACUUUUCUGGCGCCCACAAAGCGCUGUUCAAGCAAGCCAUGAGACACUGGGAGAACUUCACUUGCGUGAAAUUCGUCGAGAGGGUCCCCGUCGAGCAUCCUAAUUAUAUACUUUUCACGGAGAGACCCUGCGGAUGCUGUUCGUUCGUAGGGAAGAGGGGAAACGGUCCGCAGGCUAUAAGCAUAGGAAAGAAUUGCGACAAAUUUGGUAUAGUCGUUCACGAAUUGGGACACGUCGUUGGCUUUUGGCACGAGCACACUAGACCCGAUCGCGACCGUCAUGUGCAGAUUAUUCGUGACAAUAUCAUGUCCGGUCAAGAGUACAAUUUCAACAAACUGACGGAAGAGGAAGUGAACUCGCUGGGUCUGCCGUACGAUUACGAUUCGAUCAUGCACUAUGCGAAGAAUACGUUUUCGAGGGGCACCUACUUGGAUACGAUUCUUCCGAUGGAAAGAGACGGGAAGAAACGACCAGAAAUCGGGCAAAGACUUAGGCUCAGCGAGGGUGACAUCGCCCAAACAAACCUUCUCUACAAAUGUCACAAGUGCGGCAGAACGUUUCAAGAAAACAGCGGAAGCUUCGGAUCUCCGACUCAUCCGAACAGUUCGCCGCCGAUAGACGGUGAACGCUGCGAAUGGAGGAUCACAGCGACCCACGGCGAACGAAUAGUUUUAAACAUCACAUCCUUGGACAUAUUUAAGAGCAACUUUUGUCGCAGCGACUACUUGGAGAUCAGAGACGGAUACUGGUACAAGAGCAAUGUUCUAGGUCGAUUCUGCGGAAGCGGGAAGAUCCACGAGCCGGUCGUCUCCACCGGAAGCCGAAUGCUGGUAACGUACGUGACGUCCAGUCGUCAAAGCGGAUAUCGCGGUUUCACGGCGAGCUACGAAGCAGUUUGCGGCGGUGACGUCGAGCUAGAUGGCACCGGUCAUUUGGAGUCGCCCAAUUACCCGGAAGAGUACCAGUUCAGCAAGGAGUGCAUUUGGAAGUUGUCGGUCCCGGAGAAUUUCCAAGUGGCUCUAAAGUUUCAAUCCUUCGAGAUCGAGAACCACGACAAUUGUGUGUACGACUACGUGGAGGUACGCGACGGUCAUAACACGGACUCGCCAUUGAUCGGGGUUUACUGCGGCUACAAAAUACCACCGGACAUUAAGUCCACCGGGAACAAACUUUUGGUGAAGUUCGUUAGCGACGUAUCCGUGCAGAAGCCUGGAUUUUCGGCCACGUUCAUGAAAGAAUUCGACGAGUGCGUGCUGAUCGAACACGGAUGCGAACACGAUUGCAUCAAUACUUUGGGUGGGUUUGAGUGUUCCUGUAAGCCAGGUUACGAGUUACACUCCGACGGGAAACACUGCGAAGAUGCGUGCGGCGGCGUAUUCGAAGAGAGCAACGGAACCAUCACGAGCCCUUCGUUUCCGGUAACUUACCUAGGAAACAAGGACUGCGUCUGGGAAAUCAUAGCUCCUCCCCAAUACCGUAUCACGUUAAAUUUCACUCAUUUCGAUCUGGAGGGCACCAAUGCUCGCCAACAAGAAUGCGAAUACGAUUCCGUCGAAGUGAGCAGCAAGCUCGGAGACGACAUUUUGAGGAAACAUGGGAUUUUCUGUGGCUCGAGAAUACCAUCGUUAAUCACGUCGGAAGGAAACUUUAUGAGAGUGACUUUCACGUCCGACAAUAGUAUUCAGAAAACAGGUUUCGCAGCUAUUUUCUUUACGGACAUGGACGAGUGUGCGAACAAUAAUGGUGGCUGCCAACACGAAUGCAAGAACACGAUAGGUUCUUAUCAAUGUUUGUGCCACAACGGUUUCACGCUUCAUGAGAAUGGACACGAUUGCAAAGAAGGUGGUUGCAAGUACGAAAUCGUCGCACCUAUGGGCACCAUUACUUCGCCAAACUAUCCAGAUAACUAUCCUGGGCUCAAGGAUUGCGUUUGGCACUUUCUUACCAAACCUGGUCACCGUAUCAAAUUAGUUUUUAAAGUGUUCGAGAUGGAAUCCCAUCAAGAGUGCGCUUACGAUCAUAUCGCCAUUUACGACGGCGAUUCGCCGGAUAGUCAUAUCCUCGGUAAAUUCUGCGGUACUAAAGAACCUCAUCCAAUUCUGGCGACCGGAAAUCAAAUGUAUAUGGUCUUUAAGAGCGACGCCUCGGUCCAGAGGAAAGGUUUUCUCGCGACUCAUAGCACUGCCUGCGGUGGCCAUCUCACUGCGACGAACGAAGUGAAACAUUUGUACUCGCACGCGAAGUACGGUUAUCAUAAUUACGACCACAGAACGGACUGCGAUUGGGCAAUCGAGGCACCGCCCGGCAAAAAUGUACAUUUGACCUUCCUUAUGUUCCAACUCGAGUCCGAAAGCGAGUGCAAUUACGAUUUUGUCGAAGUUUACGCUGGUUUGGACACGUCCGGGCUCCUCUACGGACGGUAUUGUGGAAACGGCAACGCGACAGAUUUCGUUUCGAUGGGCGAGGCGCUGCUGGUGAGAUUCAGAACCGACGACACGAUAUCGAACAAGGGUUUCGUGGCUCGUUUCGUCGCGGUGGACCGUAAGGACAGCGGUGAGAACUACGGAGGUUCAGAGGACGAGGACGUCGACGAGGAGAAUCUCUGAUCCGUGGCCGGCCUCGCCAAUCGACUGGGUUACGGAUUCUACAUAGGUUCGCUUUUGCGAAGUAACGAACAAAGUGAAAACGAAUAACGUCUCACUGUCCGGACGGAACGUUAAACGUUCGACGGAGUCGUAGCCCUGACGUUGGAUCCUGCUCGAUCGUCGAGGCCGUAAAGCUUGCAGAACCGUUGCAAGCACACCGAAACGAACCGAACGAUUAUUAAUUUUCGAUUCCCGAUAAACCGGUGGAAGGAUAAUUUAUUCCAUCGGCGAGGAGGCGCGUUAGUUAAACGGCUUUCCAUUUGGAUUAGUAUGUACGACCUUAAAAUUCGGCCUACCAUUCGGGCCAAUCGUGCCAUUAUAUGUUUAGGUAGAAUUGCAUUAUACUGUUAACUCUUCUAAGUUCGAACCCCAGUGAGACACAGCACGUUCCAUUCAGGAGACAGAAGGAUGUGGACGUCAGAAACGUUGCCAAAGCGGUAUUCCGUGACCGAUCAUGGAACACCAUCGAUUAUGAAGUAAUUAUAAGUGAUCGAUAACCGACCGAGAAAGGCACGAAAAGUCGACGAUAAAAGAGAAUCCAAAUUCCGUCGACGUUGUUCUCUCAAACACUGCCCCGCGAUCGUACCAAAUGAUUUUGACGAAGUUUCGAGAUCGCUUUCUUCUCGAUCUGCGUAAUACUUUCCGAUUCCCGGCUCUUUCUUCCUCGACGAAAGUGCUUCGCCAUACGGUGUACUUUUUAAGAGUUUCGCGUAAACGUAUGCAAUUAAAUGGUUUUAACGUUAACACGAUAAAAUGAUAAACAAUCCAGCGAAACGAGAGUAUUUUCAAUCGAACGUCUCUCGGCGGAAACCUUCCAAACGACAACUUGUGCAAAUACUUGGGUAAUCUAGAUAUAAAUUUAGAGAUAGCGCUGACCGGUCCUAAAGUCAGCGAUAGAAAUUUUAAGGCGAACCUCGAACGACCGUCUUUGAUCGAACUGUUCCGCGCGUACGCGUAACUCGAGGUUCUCGUCGAACGUUUAUUGUACAUAGAUAAAAUUUAGAUAUGUAGACGUCGUGCCGUUUUAUAUGUAGUCAUAGGAUCGACGAACGAUCGAAUAUUUCGCUGUCCGAGUGUGGAUUUUCCGACAGUUCUCGACUCCGUACUUUCGUCCGUGAUUCUCGCUAAAACGUUACGGAGCGACGACGAACAGGAUGGCCCAAUUUAUUCAAUCCACGCAAGUCGUCGACGUGUUACGCGCGAUGUUAAAAAGAUCAUAAAAGAAGGUACUUGACUCCAUUUUAAAGGAUAACGAUGUAGUUUAGUUGCGAAACGUUAUCGCCAAUAAGAGCAACUUUUAGUACUUACGUAAUAUUAUUUGAAACAUUUCAAGUUUUGUCCAAAUCAUUUUCGUAUAUCAUUACCAAUUCGAGCGCUAAACCAGGGCAUCACGGAUGAAAUCGGAGACUGUUGCAGAAUGAAAUUGUUCCAAUCAGAUCGUACGACUAAGUUAACCAUUUAGAGAGUAACGAUUUAAUAAAGAAAACAUCGGCAUAUUAUACUCCCGAAGAAGUGCAGCUAAAGUAACUAAAAGUCGCAAUGAUUUCGUCAUAGCUUGUCCACUUACUGGGUAUAUGAUUUAAGUAUUGGAAGUUUUGUAACGACUUGCGGCUGAAUAGUGAGAGAAUACGUUUGUAAAGUCAUUGUAUGAAAACGUUGGUCGGAUCGCGUUCAGCGAGAGACGACGAGCUGCGAAAACGAAAAUCACGCUACGUUUGAUACAAGGGAACGUAUCAUUCCAAAUUCAUCGAGAUAAUCGUGCUUUCGAUACAAAAGAAAGAAAGGAAAAUAAUGCUGUUCUUUGUACAUUGUAUUCGUAAAUCGCGCGCGUUGCAUGUAAUCUUGUAUCGCGUAAGAAACACCAUACUUACAAGCAAAGAUAUCAGUGAUAGUAUCGUUCGAAUAAGGGCCUCGUUUCGAAAUUUUCUAUAUUCUUUGUACGUAAUGCACUGCCUCGUGUACGUUUCUAACAACGUUACACAAAAAUUGUUCUCGAAAACGAUGUACGUUUGGUUCGGUUUUAUUUUAUUCUAUACAUCGUGAGACAAAUACCGGCCUAUACUGAUCGAAAGGACACGUUUGUACCCGUACGCGAGUGGAAAGACGCGCGACGAUGAUUAAAUUUGUUUGCAAGUAUGUUUGCUGUUCGCAGCAAGUGCACGUGUACGUGUACAAAAGUACACGCAUAUAAAGAUGAUCUGUCAAAAGAAAUCGUACAUUUAAUACAUACGUAUAAUAAUACCUUAUCUAUUAACGAAUGAUAAGAGCAACAUUAAGCGCCGCGUCAAGUUCCUUUUUGUAAAUUAUAUGUGAUUUAUUUGUUCUCAGAAAUACACGUUAUAGGCACUCUAUAUAUUACUAAGCAAGUAUAUGCAACCGAUGCACUCGUUUCUUCUAUAGCGUUCCAAGUGUUCCCUCACUCCGUGCCAUUUCCUUCGUAUUACAAAAUACAACUUUGUUACAGUUUCCUUUCUUGAUGCAAUUG